CAUCGCCGUUCAGUGCUACAUUUCAAAAUGUCCAGCUGGAAGAAAGCAGCUAAAUCGAACCAGAAAGUGCACCGUGAACGAGCACAACCAUCUGCCCGCCAGCAUCUUGGGCUGCUCGAGAAAAAGAAAGAUUACAAGCAGCGGGCACGAGAUCGCAAUGAGAAAGAAGCCACACUGAAGCUGCUCCGGAAGCGAGCGUUAAACAAGAACCCCGAUGAAUUCUACCACCACAUGAUCAACUCGAAAAUCGAACAAGGCGAACAUCGCGAGCUGGAACAGGGUGAUGAGUUUACCAAAGAUCAGAUCAAGCUAAUGCAAACACAGGACCUGAAGUACGUCACCAUGAAGCGUACGAUGGAGGCGAACAAAAUACGUCGACUGCAAGGACAACUGCACAUGACCGAUGUAGUAAACGAAACGCCCAACAAACACAUCUUCUUUGUGGAGGACGAACAGGAAGCGAACGACUUUGACCUUGCCAAGCGAUUGGACACACAUCCAGCGCUGAUCGGGCGCCGCUCGAACCGACCGCGGUUAAGCGAUUUAGAAAAGCUGCAGCUAGCCAGCGUCAGUGCAGAUGAGAUAGAGCGUAUCAACCGGGAACGUGGCCUGUCGUACGGCGAGCUGAUGCGACGCAUUGACCGUGAGAAGGAGCUAACCGUGGUACAGAAGACGCUCGAAAUCAAGCGUACCCUGAAGCAGAAGCGAGCUCUCAAACCGAAACUGGUUGCUAAGGGAACGCCCAAUCAGGCACCGCUGUUUAAGUUCAAGUUUGAAAGAAAACGUUGA